AUGAUUGUGUCGACGCAGGAGAAGCAGUUAAAUAAAGAAAGAGAGAUGCACGUAUUGGCACAACUAAUGGCAAUGGCUCUGCAGCAACGAUGCAGCGAACAGCGUGAGUUGGAGUCUAUCCACCAGACCUCAUUUCACAGUAGUCGUGUUCCGCAUAUUUCUCUGCGGGACUACAUUGGUCGUAUAGCCAAGUAUUCUGGUUGCUCCCCAGAAUGUUUUGUGUUGAUGAUAAUCUUUAUUGAUCGAUAUGUGGCUGCAACAAACUGUCCAAUCACUUUUCGCAACAUACAUCGACUAACGAUAACAGCCGCUGCUGUGAGUGCGAAACUAACGGACGACAUUUAUUAUAGCAACGCGUAUUACGCAAGUAUUGGGGGAAUCAGUAAUUCAGAGCUAAACAGGCUUGAACUGGAAUUUCUUAAGACCAUUGAUUGGUACACCUGGGUGGACCCAGUUGAUUAUUGUACAUACUGCGAGCAGUUACAGUCUCGUUACCUGAAUUCUGCUUGUGUGUCUCCAUCUGAUGCCCUUGGAGUUGUUACUACAGCUGGGAAUGGUUUAGAAAGUUAG